AUGUCAAAUUAUAUGAAGUGGCUGCUCUCGAACGGCCGACACCUCCAGUCUCGCAAUGAACCAUCACAAUUUAAUCCAGCGACCUCACAUGUCGGGGCAAAUGCGAUCGACCCGUUACCUCCAACACUGCGAAAUGGGCUGAUUGCAGUUUCAUGCGUUGCCUCCGUAUCGCUAGUGGCGAUCUGUUCAGUGCUAUUUUUCCUCACUUAUCGGUUCAUUUUUUGGCGCAGAUAUUAUCGAAGCUACGUCGGAUACAAUCAAUAUAUCGUCCUUGUAUACAACCUGGCAAUUGCAGAUUUAAUACAGGGCCUGGGGUUCAUUGUCAGUCUACGGUGGAUUGCCACCAACUCCGUCCAUGCAUCCGACGCCUCGUGUUUUAUCCAAGGCAUUUGGCUACAGGCAGGAAAUCCAAUGAGUGGGGUGUUUGUAUUUGCGAUUUCCGCAUUUACCUUUUUACAUAUCGUGUUGGACUUCCAGUUGGGCCACCGGAAAUUCGUGGGCGUGAUAGUCGGUUUAUGGAUGUUCGGCGUGUUGAUGGUCGUCAUUCCAAUCGCGGCCGUUGGUCGUUACGUCUGGUCCCCUUCAGUCGCAUGGUGUUGGAUAACAACUCAACACCCGGCGUUGCGACUGUGGACACACUACUUCUGGAUCUUCGCUGCACAAUUUCUUACGCUUCUGCUCCAUGGUAUUAUGUUCAUUCACCUCCAGCGCAGAAUUGCCGACUGCGUUACACUAGGGGGCUUCAACACCGAUAGUCUCCGUCGCUUAAAACGAGUCAACAACUACAUGGUGCUAUACCCGGUCGUGUAUAUCACGCUGACGUUGCCUCUCGCUGUCGGAAGGAUGGCGUCUACAUCCGGCCAUACCCCUAGUGCAACAUACUUCUGCGUCGCGGGCUCGAUGAUGGCCUUGUCUGGUCUGUGCGAUACAAUAUUGUAUGCCUUGACCCGGAAAAAUUCAAUCCUGUGUCCAGAGAAGAGGCCAAGAGAAGCCAAGAGAUCCACCCAACUACCCUGGGCAGAAGGGAGAAGGUAUAGGAUAAUAAAAAGGCUGUGUCCUACCUUGAGCAACUGGGGCCGCCUCUCUAGUGUCAGUACGACUACCCAUCGCAGCGACCUCACCAACGGGAGCAUACCAAAUAGGGAGGUGGAGCGUGCAGCAGUGGAUCAAACACAUCAGGAGAUUGCGCCUGGUAUAACAUACGAACCGACGCAUUCAGCGGGCCCGGAAAAUUCAUCUAAUUAUGAACGGAAGGCUGAUUGGGAAGAGGACGAUAUAUCAAGUUUAGAAAGAGGGCUCCCACGAAACGGAGACGCAUAA